CUUCAUCUCUGAUGCUCUGCUUCUUUUGAUUUUUAGAUUUGGUUUGGUGCUUGCAUCCCGGGCAAUAAGAGCUGCUCAUUGUUUAACCUCUAUUCAGUUUUCACCAACAUCAGAGCAUUUAUUACUUGCUUAUGGCCGCCGUCAUAGUUCUCUCCUCAAAAGUCUUGUUAUUGAUGGAGAGACGACAGUGCCCAUUUACACUAUUCUGGAGGCAAAAAGCGAGGCGAGGCGAUGGCCUAAAAAAUGCUGAAGCGACGAAGUGAGAAGCGAAGCGAUCGCUUCUUUGAAGUGAAGCGAGUAACACUUUGAAGUUAACAGUUAUUAAAUAGAAUAGAACUAAUUAGAAUAGAAACUUAAGAGUAUUAAGAGUGGAAAAGUAGAAUAUGGUGCAAGUAACAGCUUUAAAUUAAAUUCUACUUUACUGAGUGCAAAUAGAAUUAAAUUCUGUUUUGGAAUUAAAAUUCAAGAGUUUUAUACAGUGAAAAAUUGACUAUUUCAAUCUAUACUAUACAGAUGAUGUUAAGUUUCUUAAUCAAGGUCUCCUAGACUAGAUAGAUCUGAAUACUAUAAGUUUAACAACAAGAAAUAGAACUGAAAGAUAAAGGAGGGAUAAAGAGGAAAUGCAUAGAAUUAAGAUAAUACCAGAGAAUUCUGUCUUCAAAUCUUAUGGUUUGUUGUUUCCAGCCAUUUUUAUCUCCUCACUGCUUGCUACAGGCCCAAAAGCUCUCCUUAUGGCUUUGGCAUUUCCCGUUGGACAAUCUAUAUUUUCUCUGGCAUUUGAAAAGUUGUCAGGAGGGACUAAAAAGAAGCAAAAGCGCAGGGCCCGGAAGCGAAGAAAAACGUCUUCCAACACUGUAAAAAACAAUCAAAUGGAGAGAGAAGUGCAAGUAGAUGACCGGGACAGCAGAGAUGGGAAAGGGUAUCAAUCGCGGAUGGCCACAGAUAAUGGUUCAGUAAACAAAGGUGACAAAUAUGCACCGAAUUUUGGUGGAUGGGAUGAUCUAACUGGAACAGAAUCCGUGAAGAGACCAUAUCAAGUGAAAAGUGGCAAAAGAAAGGCAACUAAAACCAAAGGCAAGGGCAAGCUAAGUAUGGAAGGUAGAAGAAGUGAUGCACCCUUACUGCUGAGACUAUUGAUUGCAGUUUUCCCAUUUUUAGGUUCUUGGACAAAGUUGUUUUGGUGAUUCUGCCAGACAAGCUUCAAGUUAAAGCAUGACAUCUUUGUUUACCAACAUUUUGGCUUAGCCACAGAAUUGAGAAGGUUUAAGGUUUCUUGUAUUGCUGUUGCCCCUAUAAUUCUUUCCUCAUCAGGUACUUUAGGUCAGAUUCAUGCUACAAUGUUAUAGUUUGUGUCAACUACACAAUUUUCUCGUAUACGAUUGAUUUCAUUUUCACAAUUAGCUACUUUUCAAAGUUCAGGAAGAAAUGUAUAAAGAUUAAGACUUCAG